GUAAACAGCGUUGCGCACUCUCCUGGCCAAAAUGCCACAAAUUCCUCUUGAACGAACAAAUCAUCCUACAACCCUACGAUAAUACUGCUUCUUAUAAUCUAAUUGCGAAAACAAUGUUCAUCUUCACACUCACACUCACCCUCUUCAUCUCUCUCUCCUCCGCCCGCACAUGCUACCACCCCGACAAGUCUGUCGCCACCAAUAACGUCCCCUGUACGUCCGCUGACACGACCUAUUGCUGCGACUCCGAUGCGAUCUGCAUGUCUAAUGGCUACUGCGUUGGAGUCGGAGCCCAGCCAUAUGUUUUUUUCCGGGGCUCUUGUACAGACGAAAACUGGGGUAGCGGCUGUCCGACACAGUGUGUAAAUAAAAACCCUAGCGGCGGCGCACCCAUCAUCGGAAUCGGCACCGACAGCUCCGGAGAUGCACAAUACUGCUGCGGCUUUCAGGUCAAGAACAACGGGUCUUCGGAGUGCGUGGAUGGCGACACAGCGUUUACGUUGAACAAUGGGGAGAUGAUUCUCGGGCGGGCCGCGCUGGAGAAUGUGACGGAAGUUAGUAACGCCAGUUCCACUUCGACAACCACGGUUUCCACCGAGACCGUGCUAGCGACCUCGGCGACUUGUUCAAGCAGUGAGAAGCACUGUAGCUCAAAUGCGACGGCUGUAGGAGCUGGUGUGGGCGUGCCCCUGGGAGUGUUGGCUAUGUCGGCUGUUGUGUGGGCGCUCUGGGAGAGGAGCAGGAGAAUUACAGCGUCUACGGCUGCUGCUCCUAACGUUCAAGAGGGGUUCUAUAUGGACAAAGGACAUGUGCAAGAAAGCUAUGUUCCACACAGGAUGCAACAGGCGCCGACGGAGUUGGACACGCGGGCCAGAAUAUCGGAGAUGAUGGGCAGUAGCUAUCAACAUGCAUCCUAG